AUGCAAGUCGAAGAAAACAGUGUCUUUGAAGUGUUUCAAGUGGAUCGUCAAAUUCAUAACUGUGUGGAAGAAGGCACACUUUACCCAGAUGUUAAAAAGUCUAUUGGUAAAAUAAUCAAAAAUGAAGGUUAUUUGACAUUUAAGAUACAUGUAGAAGCUUUAACGGCCGAUGGCGGGAAUUUCUUGGGAAAAUUGUUUCUAGUCAAAGUUACUGGUAGAACAGAUGCUGGUGAACAAGAGACUCAUAUAUUUAUAAAGCAAGCACUGAGUGAAGUAGCGUUCCAAACGCACAUGUCCAUGAGUGAAGCGUAUUUGCGGGAAGUGUUCUUUUAUACGGAACUAAAUGCACUGUACAAAAAAAUGCAGACCGACGCAAACAUCGAAACGCAUGAAAUGUUAAAAACGGUUAAAUGUUACGAUGAAUCAAGUACGGAUGCUAUUAUUUUGGAAAAUCUAAAAGUGAAGGGAUUCAAUGUUUUGUUCCGCAUGGACGUGAUGUCUUUAAAAUUCGCCGAAGCUGCCAUCAAAGAGCUGGCGAAGUUUCAUGCACUCUCUUUUGUCGUGCAGAAGAAAAUUCCUGACUAUUUCAAUAGUAAAUUAAAAGCUUUUAAACCAGUGCUUCAAUUUAACGAAUAUUUUGAGCAAUUCACUAGUAAAAGUGUUAAAUUAGCUAUAGAAAGAUUAGAUGAACCUGUAAAAGAAAAAAUUACAAACAACUAUUCCGAUUUAUUUUCCAAAUUCGCGCAAUACACCUCAGACACAAAUUUGUCUGUGAACUGCUUGUGUCACGGAGACUUUAGAGCGAAUAAUAUAUUAAUGAGAGAAAACGAUGAUGCUACAGUGGAAGUCAUCCCAAUUGACUACCAACUUAUAUUCUACGGCUCACCUAUCACAGACUUGAUAUAUCUUUUAUAUACAGGAACAGACAGAACAUUCAGAACAAAUCACGAAAACGAUUUGAAGGAGUUAUAUUUCCAGAAUGACAUUCCCGAUUUUGAACAUUUGGCACCCAAUGAGGUAGAUUUGAAGAUCGAUGAACGAUACUUCCCCAGGAUUGCUGAGAUUUGCGAUGAGUUUGAGCAUUUGCUACAAUUUUAG